AUGCCCACCCCCAGCGCCCCAUGCACCCUCCCCAGAGCCCCGUGGCCCCUCCCCAGAGCCCCGCGCUCCCCCCCUCAGAGUCCACAACCUCCCCCAGGACCCCACGGGCCCCUCACCAGAGACCCCCCAACCCCUCCUGAGAAUGCCCCUGGCCCGCUCCCCAGAGCCCCGCGGGCCCUCCCCACAGCCCCGCAGCCCCUCACCAAAGCGCCCCUCCCCAGAGCCCCCCGCCCAACCCCAGUGCACACUUCCCCUCUCCCCAGCGCCUGCAGCUCCCUCCCAGAGCCCCGCAGCCCCACCUUGGAGCCCCGCGACCCCCCCCCCAGAGCCCACAACCUCCUCCAGAGUCCCAGGCCCGUGGCCCCCUACCCAUUGCCCCUACCCCUCCCCAGAACACCGCGGCCCGCUCCUCCGAGCCCCCAGUGCGCCCCAGUGCCUGCGGCCCCAACCCCAGAGCCCGCGGCCCCCUCCCCAGAGCCCCGCAACCCCUCCCCAGAGCCCCCCGCCCCUCCCCAGAGCCCCACGGCCUCCUCCCCAGAGCCCCCCGCCCCUCCCCAGUGCCUGCGGCCCCAACCCCAGAGCCCGCGGCCCCCUCCCCAGAGCCCCGCAACCCCUCCCCAGAGCCCCGCGCACCCUCCGCAGCGCCUCGCGCCCCCUCCCCAGAGCCCCGCGGCCUCCUCCCCAGAGCCCCCCGCCCCUCCCCAGAGCCCUGUGGUCCCUCCCCAGAGCCCCACGGCCUCCUCCCCAGAGCCCCCCGCCCCUCCCCAGAGCCCCGCUGCCCCCUUCCCGGAGAACCCAGCCCCUCCUCUGAGCCCUGUGGCCCCCUCAACCGAGCCCUCGCCCCUCCCCAGCUCCCAGAGCCCCCUCCUCAGUGCCCCGCACACCCUCUCCAGAUCCCUUGGCCCCUCGCAGAGCACUGGCCACUCCCCAGUGCCCCCAUCCCUCCCCAGAGCCCUAGCACCUCCCAGCGCCCACGGCCCCCUCCCCACAGCCCUGAGGCCCCCUCCCCAGAAGCACCCUUGGCACCCUCCCCAGAGCGCCCUUGGCACCUUCCCCAGAGCCCCGCGGCCCCCUUCCCGAGCCCCACAACACCCUCCCCGGAGCUACCAGGCCCCCUCCCCGGAGCCCUUGGCCCCUUCCCGGAGCCUCCCGGAACCUCAACAGAGCUCCACGGCCCCCUCUUCAGAGCCCCACGCUCUACCACAGAGCCCCCGGCCCCUCCCCAGAGCCCCGCACCCUCCCAAGCUCCACGUGCACCCUCCCCAGAACCCCACGGCCCCUCACCAAAGCCCUGGCCACUCCCGAAGCCUCCGCUCCUCCACAGUGCCUGCAACCCCAUCCCAGAGCCCCGCGACCCCACCCCAGAUCCCUGUGCCCCCCCCCAGAGUCCACAACCUCACCCAGAGCCCCGCACACCCUCCCCAGAGCCUCACAGCCCCUCCCCAGAGCCCAGGGCACUCCCCAGAACUCCACGAAGCCUCCCCAGAGGACCCCGCCCCACCCAGCGCCCAUGGCCCCUCCCCGGAGCCCCCCAACCCUCCCCGGAGCCCCGUGGCCCCUCUUCAGAGCCCCACGCCCCUCCCCAGAGCCCAGCGGGGCCCUCCUCAGAGACCCCCAACUCUUCCCCAUAGCCCCCCUACCCUCCCCAGAGCACCACAACCCCCUCCCCAGAACCUGUGGCCCCUUGCCCAGCACCCCUGUCCCUUCCCAGAGCCCGCGGCCCCCUGCUCAGAGCCCCUGGACCCUUCCCCAGAGCUCCAAGGCCCCCUCCCCAGAACCCUGCCACCCCUCCCCAGAGCCCUGUGGUCCCACCCCAGAGGCCCUCGGCCCCCUCCCCAAGACCCCAGCCACUCCCCAGUGCCCGCGGCCACCUCCCCAGAGCCCGCUGCACCUCCCCAGGGCAUGGAGAUCCUGCCUCAGAGUCCCCCGCCCCUCCCAAGCGUCCGCAGCCCCCUUGCCAGAGCCUGUGGCCCCCUCCUCAGAGCCACCCGUCCCUCCCCAGAAUCCCCGGCCCCUCUUCAGAGUCCCACGCCCCUCCCCAGAGCCCCGCGGGGCCCUCCUCCGAGACCCCCAACUCCUCAUAGCCCCCCCUCCCCUCCCCAGAGCCCCACAACCCCCUCCCCAGACCCCGCGGCCCCAUACCCAGUGUCCCAGUCCCCUGUCCAGAGCCCCCGCCUCUCUCCAGAGCCCCUGGCCUCCUCCGGAGAGCCCGUGGCCCCUCACAGAGCACUGGCCACUCCCCAGUGCCCCCAUCCCUCCCCAGAGCCCUCGCACCUCCCAGCGCCCACGGCCCCCUCCCCAAAGCCCUGA